AUGUCUUCAACAAACACAAUAAUAAGUUCAAUAACAAUAUAUGUUGGUUUUCCAAUAUUUCUAAGUGGUACAUUGGGAAAUAUCGUUAAUGUUCAUCUUCUUUGGCGAAAUCGUCAUAAUCCUUGUGCAUUUAUACUUAUAAUAUCAUCAUUGAUUAAUUGUAUUGUUUUGUUUUAUGGUUUAUUUACAAGAAUCUUAAGUACUGGUUUUCAUCUUGAUUGGUCAACAACAAAUAGAACUUGGUGUAAAACUCGUGCUGUUUUAACUCAAUCCGGUUUUUUAAUUUCAAUAACAUGUAUUUGUUUAGCAAGUAUUGAUCGGUUUUUUGUUAGUUGUCGUCAAGAAAAAUAUAGAAGACUAAGUCGAUUAUCAAUAGCUAUAGUAUCUGUUAUAAUAACAAUUAUUUCUUGUGUAUUAAUUUGUAUUCCUUAUUCAUUUUAUGUUGACUUAGUAAAAAAUCCAACAACAGGUUUAACAAUAUGCAAUCUUGCACGAUAUGAUGCUUUUUCUAUAUCUCAAAAUUAUUUUGUAUUUCCAGUGUGUUGUGGUUUAUUGCCAAGUACAAUUCUAAUAAUAACAGGUUUAAUGACGUAUAGAAAUGCAAAUAGAUUACAGAUAGGUCGUCAACGAGAAUCAUUUCAAAAACAAUUAACAUCAAUGAUGCUUAUACAAAUACCAAUAAUAAUUCUAUCAACAUUACCAUAUGUUAUAUAUACAGAAUAUACAAUAUUAACUGUAAAACUAAGUAAAUCUGAUGAUCGAAGAGCUACUGAACUUUUGAUUACAAAUAUUCUUACAAUUUUAUUUUAUAUAACAUUUGCAUGUCCUUUUUUUGUUUUUUUUACUUCAUCAUUAUCAUUCCGAGAAGAAGCAAAAAUUUUAUUUUUAUGUCGAAGAUCAAAUCAAUUGACAAGCAAUCAAAUUCAACCCUAUUGUAUAACCACUAUUAGAAAUAUAAAACCGAUAGCUAGCAGAUAG